AUGUGCAUGAAUAAUUUUAGAAAGCUUCUUGAUUUAUCAAAAAAUGUUUCUGCUUUUAUGAAUUUCCAUAGAUUCAAAGCUGCCGAUUUGUUUUAUCUUUUAAAAGUCUCAAAUGCAAGAUAUAGAAACAAUAACGAGGAAGAUAUCUUUGAAUGGUUGUGCGAUGCGACGGAGCAGAAAAUGAAAUCUUUUCUCUUUUUUUGUUCCUGGAGUCAUUUGGGAAAGUUUUUUUUGCUUUGCUGCUCAAGUGCCUUACAGAGCGAGCUUCGAAAUUGUGGUUGCCAGAACGUGAAUUCAAAAUCGAGAACAAUUACGAGCGGAAGUCAAUCGUGA